AUGAACAAACUGAUUUCUUUUGAUCCCGGGGAUCGGAAAUCCCUCAACACCAUUCAACUGCUGGCGUUUUGGGACUCCAUGAGAGGAUGGUUUGCAGAAAGAGGAUACCACCUAUACGACAUAACCAUCAGGGACGAGCCGGGGUACUUUCCCUCUGAGAGGUCAACUAUCCCAUUCAAUCCUCACCCAAAAUUGAAUGUCCAUAAAGAAAUAUUUGAAGCGGAGGAUCCGUUCCCGUAUGCGUAUGUGGGAGGGGAUUAUAGGCAACCCCAAGAUAAUUUGUAUGAGGUCAAGUUGGGCCGUGUAGUGUUUGCUCAGGACACAGCGGGACGGCAUGUAGUGAUCAAACUUGUUAAAGGAGGUUCCGACGAAGAUAAAAUUCUUCAUUUGCUUGCAAGGCAACCAGAGCUUACGAAUCGGGAGACAUUUCCUUCUAUAAUUCCCGUCCUCGACCUUUUACCAUGGGAUUCCAACUGUUUCAUACCACCGUUUCCAACACCUGAGGAUUUGUGCGACCGAAAUUUGUUGAUCAACCACUUCUCAAAUGCUAAUGCUCUGUAUAUGGGAGACAAUUCAUUCAGAUGGAACUUAUUGAAGCGAGGUGCUUUGAUCUGUGUUUUAUCAGACUUUGACCACUCCAUUUUGCUGGACGAAGAAACGUACGGUCCGAAUCCUUGGCUCAGUAUACUAGAAGCGCACGUAACUGGAGAUUACCCACCUUUUGAAACUCUUCACGGGCACGUUGAUUACGACCCAUUCAAAUACAAUGUUGCUCUUCUUGGGAUUUUGUUCAACGACAGGUUCCAGCAUGCGCCCCUCAUUGCACCACUCAUUGAGCGCAUGGUGACUUCUAGGGUAGAUAAAAGGUUUACGGCAAAGGAAGCACUUGCAUUCGCAGAAGGUAUUCUUCCUACUGUGACGGGCAUGCGGACCCCGCUUCCAGAUCAAACACCAAUCACUUCAAUCUACUGCAAAGCCGACUUAUGGAAAGAUCUUCCGGAAGAAUUUGUGGCGCAAUGGGCAGAUUAUCGCGAAGAUCGAUCCUCGCUGUCUUUUCAUUGGCUAUCAGAGGACUACUUUUCGUUCCUCGUUUGA